AUGAUCACCUGGGAACCGCCGUCGGCGGGAUGGAUCAAAUUGAAUGUGGAUGAUGUUGUACCGAAAGCUGAAGGGAUGGGAUCUGGAGCUGUGGCUCAUGAUGAGAAAGGCCAAUUUUUGAUGAUGGCGGUCUCCAGGGAGCGAGUUCAAUGGCCUCCGGAGCUGCCAAAGAUAAAAGCAAUCGCCUUUUGUAUUCAGUAG